AUUCGAGUAAGUGAGACGUAAAUUUCAGUGGAUCCGUCAGAUACGGAUUGAAGAAGCCAAAAUUCUAGAAGUGCUAGAAGCGCGAAGCUCUGACCCUUUCUCUACCUGUAUAUUUCAGCGCUCAUCUGCUGAUUUUGUCGAAUCAAGAAGGUUCACAAAGUCGUGGGUAAGUGGGCUUUAGUGCGAGUUUUCCAAGUUUAUAACUACAGUGUACGUCAUUGUGAUCUUGCAGUAACGAGUCAACAUGAAGACCAUCCUGUUAGCAGUAGCUUUCCUGGCCGGACUCUGCGUAGUCCGCGCUGUAGACUACAAUUCUUCCGACGUCAAUCAAUUCACCGCCCAGUUUUCCUCUAUCAACCACAUCGCCAAUGACCUGGAAACGUUCACCAACCAACAGCUGGAUAAGUCGUUCGACUUCCUGCUGCUGGCGUUCACGUUCGACAAGUACGACCUGGACCGCCCCGGAUUCGAGAAGCUGUACCGCAAGCUCUCCGACAAGGCCUGGGAGGACACCGAAAAGCUGGUCAAGUACCAGAGCCGGCGCGGCCUCCACGUCGACCUGAACGGAGUCCAGACCGGAGUUCUCGGUCAGCUGAACGAAGGCAAAGUCGGCGGCAAGACCACCCUGCUCGACAGUAACGAGCUUUCCUCCCUGAAGGUCGCCCUCGGCUACGAGAAGAUCUUGGCCGACGAAAGCCACCGCAUCCACAAGAAGAUUUCCCAUGCCCACGACAAGGGAGCCGCCUACGAUCCGGACGUGGCCCACUUCCUGGACGAGGAAAUCAUCGAGUACCAGAGUGGAACGAUUCGCAAGCUGACCGGUUACAUCCACAACCUGCACAGCAUCAUCGAGGAGUCCAACACCAAGGACAUGGGUAUCCACAUGUUCGAUGAGUACCUGGACAAGGCGGAGUAAGGCGCGGAGGCGCGCGCCGCGAUUUACGCACCUUAGGGCGUACCAAGUUCAGAAACAUUCUUUUGCCUCCUUCCCCCUUCCAUAUCAAAAUAAAAUCAUUGUGUAUUAGGUACAAGUACAACAACACUAUUGUCUGACAAAUAAAGACGUCUGUAGAGGAACGAAAA